AAGUUGUAAUUUCCCGUGGUCCGAAGUGAUCCGAAUGGAAAACACAAAGCUGUCAGCUGAAAGAGGUGUUUGAACAAGUUUCUUUAAAAUAUGACCGUUUUAUGAGUACCUGCGUUGACUGGAAAUACUUCAGAUUUGAAGUAAAUUGAUUGUUAAACUAAAAGGAAAUUGUUAAGGAAACCGAAAGAAAACCACAAUGGGAGUCCAAGGCUUAUGGAAACUUCUUGAAAGUUCAGGAAGAUCAAUAAAUCCAGAAACCCUGGAAGGGAAAAUUCUUGCUGUUGAUAUAAGUAUUUGGCUAAACCAAGCCAUAAAGGGAGUGCGAGAUCGCCAAGGAAAUGCCAUCCAAAAUGCUCAUCUAUUGACUUUAUUUCAUCGGCUUUGUAAGCUAUUGUUUUUUAGGAUUCGUCCUAUAUUUGUGUUUGAUGGAGAAGCACCUCUCCUGAAGAAGCAGACUAUUUCUAAGAGAAUGCAGAAGAAGCAUUCAGCAGCCAGUGAAGCCAAGAAAACAAAUGAGAAACUCCUGAGAACCUUCUUAAAAAGACAGGCUAUAAAAGCUGCCUUAUCUACCAAGCAAAGCAAUGAGGAUAUACCAAGCCUCUCCCAAGUGAAGAGAAAGGACAUUGAUGAUGUAUAUGUUCUUCCGCCUCUAGAAGAGAAAGACAUAAAUAGCUCAGAAGAGGAAGAAGAACGAGAAUGGGAAGAAAGAAUGACUCAUAAACAGAUACUUCAGGAAGAAUUUUUUGCAAACCCCCACUCUGUGGAUAUUGAAUCUGAGGAUUUCAGCACCCUUCCUCCAGAAGUAAAGCAUGAAAUACUGACUGACAUGAAAGAGUUUACCAAACGAAGGAGAACUUUAUUUGAGGCAAUGCCCGAGGGCUCUGAUGAUUUCUCACAAUAUCAACUAAAAGGUCUGUUGAAGAAAAACAAUCUAAACAAGUGCCUUGACAAUGUGAGGAAAGAAAUGAACCAGCAGUACUCAGGGGAAGUUCGAGCUCAGUUUGAGAAUGAAGGUGGAUUUCUGAAAGAAGUAGAGACCCAGCGUCUUGUAUCCGAAGAUACUUCACAUUAUAUCCUAAUUAAAGGAAUUCAGUCAAAAGCUGAUGAUAAAAAAAAUAAAGAAGAUACAAAAGAUGAUUCUUCAGUCGCUAGUUACAGUGAGACGACUCCAAAAACAUACCUCGAUUUAAAAUUAGCUGCUUCUUAUAAGCCGAAAAAAACUCAAAAUAAUUCUGCAGAAGCAGCACCUCCCUCACCCAGAACACUGUUUGCUAUACAAGAAGCUAUGAUGGAGAACAGUUCAGAAGACGAGCUUGGAGAUAAGGGAGUACUUAUUAGGGACAAGAAGGCUUCUCCAUCUGUGACCAGAGUGGAUGGCAGCAUAUCCCCAAGAACCUUGCAGGCAAUCCAACAAGUGCUUGCUGAAGAUGAAGCAGGAGAGAGGUGUAAGAAGAGAAUGGUGCUUAGUGAUGAGGAGCUGGAAAAGGAACAACCCAAGACAAAAGUUCUAUUAAUAAGUAGUUCUGAUGAGGAGGACAUUAACUUGGACAAUAAGGAUAAAAGUCAUCCUGAACCUGCAAUAGCUUUAAAAAAUAAUGAACUUUUAACCAGUUCUACACUGUGUCAGAAAAGUUUUGGAAAUAAUCAGUCCUUGUUGAAUAAUCCUGUAGUUUCUGAAAGACCUAUGCAAUCUAAUGAAUUGAUCCAGAUAAAAGAAAAUCAAGCUAGUUUGGAUGAGCAAUGUAUAUCUUCUGCUAAGAGGAAUCUUUUUUCUGACCAAAGUCAAUCACCUACAUCUUUUUUCAGUCAUGCAAGUGUUCCUUCUGUCAAAGGUUUACACACAUCUCCUGUAAUGUCAUCCGUUGUAGAAGUCACUAGUACAUCAGACACUUCUACUGCAACUGAGCAAUCUUAUCUGAAUGAACAAUGCAUAUCUUCUGCUAAGAGGCACCUUUUUUCUAACCAGUGUGAAUUACUUUCUCUGCCUCUUGUCAGUAGUGCAAGUGACCCUUCUAUCAAAGAGUUGGACAAAAAAUCAAUUUCUCCUACAAUGCAUUCAAUUACAGGAUACACUAGUGAAUUAGGGUCUUCUGUCAAGACGGGUAUUGCCUAUAUAAAUCCACCAAUGAUUGCAACUACAACAGAUACAUGCACAUUACAGACAGUUGAAAAACUUGCUGUUGUGGUAGAAACUGCCAGAGAAGAAAUUGCCCCAAAGCCUUCAACAUCACUAGACAGAAAUUGUGUUGCUUCAUCCCAGGUAGCUGAUCUAUUAGAAGCAAAUAUACACCAACAAGUGUCUAACAAGAGUGAAGGGGACAGCAGUUUAGCAGUGUCUUCAAGCCCCUCAAAAGUAUCAGAGUUCAUAGAACCCAAAGAAGAGAAUUACAAGAGACCGAAUGUACUUAACAGAAAUGAUGCAGACAUCACAUAUAUGCCAUUGACUCCAGAAAGUAUAGAUGUCAGUGAGGCGGAAUCUAAUGCAAAUAAAGAUAUGGACUCCGACUCAGAUGGUAGUUUUAUUGAAGUUGACAGUGAUUUAAGCAGCGCCAAAGCUGCAGCCGUAAAUCAAGAAUUUGCAACAAAACAAGACUUUAAGGAAUCAAGUUCCAGUGAUGAUCUUGCCAGCCAGAACCGUAAUAUAGAAAACUCUUUCACAGAUGACAAAGAUAUUCAACUAGCUAACCUGGAUGAACCUGAAAAUUCCAGAGAUAUGGAGGCAGCAGUCAAUGAAUGGCAAGAUAUAAGUCUGGAGGAGCUUGAAUCCCUUGAAAACAAUUUGUUUGUUGAGCAAACAUCUCUGCAGGCGCACAAGCAGCAGCAGGAGCGCGUAGCUGCAUCUGUUACAGGCGAAAUGUGCCAGGAAAGUCAGGAGCUCUUGCGUCUUUUUGGUAUCCCUUACAUCAUAGCUCCUAUGGAAGCAGAAGCUCAGUGUGCUGUCUUGGACCUUACUGACCAAACUUCUGGGACAAUCACAGAUGACAGCGAUAUUUGGCUUUUUGGAGCACGGCAUGUUUACAAGAAUUUCUUUAGCCACAAUAAAUACAUGGAGUAUUACCAGUUUGCAGACAUUCAUAAUCAGUUGGGAUUAGACCGUGCAAAACUGAUAAAUUUGGCAUACCUGUUGGGAAGCGAUUACACAGAAGGGAUUUCAUCAGUUGGUUAUGUGUCGGCAAUGGAAAUUUUAAAUGAGUUUCCUGGUCAUGGAUUAGAGUCUCUAUUGAAGUUCAAAGAGUGGUGGACAGAAGCUCAGAAGAAUAAAAAAAGUAGACCAAACCCAAAUGAUACCAAAGUUAAAAAGAAACUACGGGAUAUAGAGCUAUAUCCAGGCUUUCCAAACCCAGCUGUGGCCGAGGCAUAUCUGAAGCCUACGGUGGAUGACUCCAAUGCAGCUUUUUCAUGGGGGAGACCAGACUUAGAACAAAUCAGAGAAUUUUGUGAGAGCCGCUUUGGUUGGUAUCGAUCAAAGACUGAUGAAGUACUUCUGCCAGUGCUAAAGCAAUUAAAUUAUCAACAGACUCAGCUACGAAUAGAUUCAUUUUUUAGAAUAGAACAGCAUGAAGCAAAGUCUUUAAAGAGUCAAAGGUUGCGCAGGGCAGUGACUUGUAUGAAGAGAAAACUAAAGGAAGGAGAAGCUGCUGAAGUAGAGGAAGCCACUGCGCUUAUGGAGGAAGAAGAAUGCGCAGCUCGCAAGCAAAGAAAACGUGGAAAGUCUAAACCAGAAAAAUCCAGUGGGGGAAAGAAAAAGAUGGCUGUAAAAAUGGUUCAAGAAAACAAAACUACUGUAAAUGAAGAAGGUGGGUUUAUUGAGGGCAAGAACAAAGCUCCAUCUCUCAACAAAUCAUCAUCAAACGGACCUGAAAGUGAAGCAGAAGACGCAACAAGCUUGACAAACUUAACAAAAAUUUCAAAGGAGCUUCGGAACAAAAAAGAUGAACUCUCUGGAAGCAGUAGCUCAAGUGAUGAUGAAGUAAAAGCUGUCCUUGUAACAGCUAAGCCUGUGUUCCAAGGCAGCAAAAGAAAACCAAGAAAUGUAAAAGGAAAAAAGAAGUGAUUAUUUAUUUAAUCAAUUAUUGACUAUUUUCUUUUUUUUAUAUACAUAUUUGUACAUGAAAUAGAGAACUAAGUUUGAAUAA